CACACACACACACACACACAUACACACACCCCGGCCCAAAAAAAAGAAAAAAAAAAGGGGGGGGAAAAAUCAGGAUCUCAUUACAAGAGCAACAGAGUGUUUGCAGAAGACUGUCAGCAUGGAGAACCAGGGGAUUUUACCCAGCUCCCUCUCAACUACCAGGUGAGCGCGGAAAAAGUCCCUCAGGCUCUGGGUAUGGAGAGUGCAAUCACGCUGUGGCAGUUCCUUUUGCAGUUGCUGCUAGACCAGAAACAUGAGCACCUGAUUUGCUGGACGUCUAAUGAUGGCGAAUUCAAGCUACUCAAGGCAGAAGAAGUGGCUAAGCUGUGGGGACUCAGAAAAAACAAAACUAAUAUGAAUUAUGACAAGCUGAGCCGAGCGCUCAGAUACUAUUAUGACAAGAACAUCAUCAAGAAAGUGAUCGGACAAAAAUUUGUGUACAAGUUUGUCUCCUUUCCUGAGAUUUUAAAAAUGGAUCCACAUGCUGUGGAAAUCAGCAGAGAGAGCCUUUUGCUGCAGGACAGCGACUGUAAGAUGCCUUCCGAGAGCAGGGAUCAGCACAAGCACAGCUUGUCAGCACUGAAAAGCACAAGCCGUAAUGAAUAUAUCCACUCUGGCCUGUACUCCUCUUUCACUAUCAACUCUCUGCAGAACCAGCCAGACCCUUACAAGCCAAUCAAAACAGAAAAACUGGAGGAGAAGUCAGAAGGAAACACACCAGUCGAAGAAGUUCGGACUGUUAUAAGAUUUGUGACAAACAAAACAGACAAACAAGUUAUGAGGCCCAUGGUGUCAUUGCCUUCCACUUCCGAAACAGCAGCUGCCUCUGCUUUUCUCAGCUCAUCAGUAUCAGCUAAAAUAUCUUCCUUAAUGCUACCCAACAGUGCCAGCAUUUCAUCUCCAUCGUCAUCUUCCUCCAGGUCACCGUCUCUGUCUCCCACCUCACCCCUCCCUGCAGAACACAGGAGCCUCUUCCUUGAGUCCAGUUGCCACGACUCAGAUUCCCUUGAGCCUCUGAACCUCUCCUCAGGCUCCAAGGCAAAAUCUCCAUCUCUUCCCCCAAAAGCUAAAAAACCCAAAGGCUUGGAAAUCUCUGCCCCACCUAUGGUUCUUUCCAGCACCGACAUCGGUUCCAUCGCCCUCAACAGCCCUGCGCUUCCUUCGGGAUCCCUGACUCCAGCUUUCUUCACUGCACAGACCCCAAAUGGAUUAUUGCUGACCCCAAGCCCGCUGCUGUCUAGCAUUCAUUUCUGGAGCAGCCUCAGCCCUGUUGCUCCUCUGAGUCCUGCCAGGCUGCAGGGACCAAACACUCUGUUCCAGUUUCCAACUCUGCUAAAUGGUCACAUACCAGUGCCACUCCCCAGCCUGGACGGAGCCUCUUCUCCAGUACUGCUUUCUCCAAACGCUCAGAAAUCCUGAUGACACCUCAUCACGCCAAGGACUUACUGGUGGAUUUAACACUUCAUUCCUAUGGGCUAGUUUUUCCUGUGUCAUGAGAAGGACAUUGUGAAACCCUCUAUUACUUUGGUUUGCACUUUUCAUUACAUGGAUAAUCUACUUUUAUUAUGUUAGCAUUUUUAAACAGUGUUUAUAUAUAAAAGUAUAUAUAAAUCUGUUUUGCAUUAAAUGAAUUAUAAUUUUUUUAUAUCAUAGCUCUCAAGUGUUGAACACUUCUGUUGUUGAUGACGUACUUUUCUUAUUGGAUUGCAACAAUGUAUCUAAGAAGGAUGUGAAGCUUCUUUUUAAUCCCCUUUUCUGCAUAUUAUGCAUUGUGCUUGUGUAAACUAUAACCGGCUGUGCCUUCUUUUGCAUAAUGUCAUGUAAAUGAUUUAUAUAUUUUCUAGUAUUAAGAUAAAAAGCUGAAAGACAAAACUAGUAUUGAACAGCCCUAUGGUAGUAUUUCAGUAUUUUCUCCACGGAUAGGCCAUAUGAUGCAGUGUAUUCAUGUAACUUUGUAUUAAGUGCUUUCAAAUUGUAUAAAAAUAGCCUUAUAAUUUUUCUUUGCUGAAGUGAAAAACGUAAUCAACGUUACAGUCAGGAGAUGCAUUUAGGAGUAACAAAGCCACAUUUACACGUUUGUGCCCAAGUUCUUCUGUGGAGUUGCAGCAGGGAGGAACUGGGCUGUGUAUAUUCGUGCCACGUUGCCAGCAUUUGAGAAUACUUCUGUAGAAAAGGAGACGUUGCUCAGAGUUUAUUCGGCCUACACUUCUUACAAACUGUCAACAUUACAGCCGGAAAGACUGCAGGGAUCUCUGGCCUCCCAGGGAACGAGGAUCGUUCCCGAUAAGAGAAUUUCCAGGUGCCUUCUUCAGUCGUGCCAAGUGCCUUCUACUAUUUCCCUGGAAAGAUUAUUCUGGCUACUAAAGCUCAGAAGGUUGCGUUUCCCCCUUCCCCCAAAGCUGGAAAAGUUACAGGACUGUAAAUUAAUGCCUGGUGCUUGUAAAGAGGCAUACUGUGCAUGUGGGAUGUUUAUGGAUAAACAUCUGAAUUCUGGAUUAAAAAACAGCACUGUGUUACUAUACACUUGCAACUUGAACUUACCGGGUAUGUCCUCCACCUUGAGGUGAUGGCUUAGUCAUCUAAAUGUCAGGUUAGGAUUAGGCUAGACUCCCUGGCACCACAGGUUCUAAUCUUGGCAGGGCUGAUGCAAAUCUUCAGUUUUCUGAGGUGGCUAAAUUGGGUUGAAUGCAGCUUCACCAUGUAGGUUUUUCAGAUGAGACCUUCGAAAACCAAACCAAAAUCAGAAUCCUGUUUGCUACAGGUCAUUAUGGCUUCUACGUCGCUUUCUGGCCAAGCGGCUGGUCAAAAGUCUGUUCUUUUUGAAAUUUAUGCAGUGAGUUGUCUGCUGAUUCUCUGUUUGGAUGCAUUUCAGUGAUGAUGUGUGUAGUUAAUUGUAAAGUGCUUUUGGAUCCUUCGACCUGAAAGGUGCUAAAUAAACAUUUUAUUAAUGCA